CGAUGUUUUAUUUUUUUAUCAAACCAGAAACCCUUUCAAAUAUAUGUUCUUCCAUUUUCUCCUCUCCGCCCCUCAAAACCUCUGUCAACGCACACAAAAACACUAAAUUUACAUGCAUUCAGAAACCCUAAUUCCCGAUUCGACUCCUACCACCACCAAUGAUCAUGAUCAUGAACAUGAUCACGAAAGCAACAGCAACAGCAACAUCGACGUUCUAAAUUCAUAUUCCACCGCCGACGAUCAUCCCGAAUACAACGACGAUGAAAACUCCCAAAUUCACGAUGAGUUUGACCAUGAAGAUGAAGAAAACGAGAUCGCCUUAGAUACUGAACCAGACGCCGGGGGUGGUUACGAUAACAACCCGCCGGACUCAUUCUGGGUUAGCAACAACAAAGUAACAGACUGGUUGGACAACCACACGUACAUCGAACGCAAAGCUUCGGUGAAACUGGUGCAGGCUGCAAGAAAAUUCGAUCAGACUAAAACUCGGUCUAAUCAGCGAUCCGUUUCCUUUAACCAGAAACCUCAGGCAACCAUCAUCGGGUUCCGGCAAAAACCGCCGUCGCAUAACGCCGAUGGGAAAGCCAAACAGAACGAUCGGCAGGACAACCCUCGGUUUUCUAAGAACCGGUCGUUGCCGGGGAAAAGCUUUUUUCAGCAGGUGGCUGAACCGAGGUCUCCGAGGGUGUCUUGUAUUGGUCGGGUCGGUUCAAUGAGAGGUCGUGCUAGGAGGACCGGGUUUUGGAAGACUGUGAAGACGGCUUUCUUGAGCAAGGUCCGGUCGAAUAAGCUCUCGAGAAAAGAUCUUUGAUGCCGACGUCGGCCGGCGGAGUUGGUGGCUUGACGCCGGCGAAUGAGUAAGAGCUGUUAAGCCGCCAACGAUCGAGAUUAGCGAUAAGACCACGUUUUGUUUUUUUGAAUUUUUUGCUAUUUAUGUUUUUUUAUUAAUUUUUUUUAUUUUAUUUUUUAUGUACAUGUAAUGUGAUAUAUUCUCUGAGUUGAAUUUGUUUUGGUGUGUUCA